GUUACACAGAGAGCGGAAGUAGCGUGAGCGGAAAACAAUAAGGAGGAUGGCGGCGGUCGAGGGGAACGAGGCCUCUGCUAGCACCUCAGAAGAUCCUGCUUCCAUUGCAGCAGAAGAUAUGGCUGUACAGAAGAGAGAGGAGCGGCUUAGGAAAUUCAGAGAACUUCAUUUAAAAAGAAAUGAAGCUCGCAAAUUAAAUCACCAGGAAGUUGUGGAAGAGGAUAAAAGAUUGAAGUUGCCAGCAAACUGGGAAGCCAAAAAGGCCCGUUUAGAAUGGGAACUGAAGGUGGAGGAAAAAAAGAAGGAAUGCAUAGCAAAAGGAGAAGACUAUGAAAGAGUGAAACUGCUAGAAAUCAGCGCAGAGGAUGCAGAACGAUUUGAGAGAAAGAGGAAAAAGAGAAAUCCAGAUCUUGGAUUUUCAGAUUAUGCAGCUGCUCAGUUGCGUCAGUAUCAGAGACUGACCAAGCAGAUCAGACCUGACUUGGAGAAGUAUGCAAAACUAAGAGAAGAAAGUGGUGAAGAGUUUUAUCCCACAUCAAACAGCCUUCUUCAUGGAACUCAUGUGCCUUCUAAAGAAGGGGUUGAUAAAAUGGUUGGGGAUCUUGAGAAACAAAUCCAAAAGCGUGAGAAAUACAGCCGGAGGCGCUCUUACAACGAUGAUGCAGAUAUUGACUACAUUAAUGAGAGGAAUGCCAAGUUCAAUAAGAAAGCUGAAAGGUUCUACGGCAAAUACACAGCAGAGAUCAAACAGAACUUGGAAAGAGGAACUGCUGUCUAGAUUUGAACAUGCGCAAUACAAGGACAACCGCAAAACCAUCCUGAUUGUACAAAGACAGCAUAUUGUAAAACCUGUCUCUUACAAGCAACCUUUUAAAACUGUUCAAAUAACUUAAAUGCAAAGAUAGAAUUUAUCAGAGGUAUAAAAAGUUCACUACGUGCUUAAAUAGUUGCAUAGCAAAGAAAUUCAGUUUUUACUUUUGACCAUGAGCAGUUUUCAUGUGAGAUGUUUUUUCAGUUUUCAAAGUUUCUGUGGGAAAAUAGUUUUUUAACUAAUGCUCUGCUGUAAAAUGUUAACUACAAAGGCUUGAUUAAAUUAUCCUGUUGUCUCAACAAA